AUUUGUGAUCACAUGACUCUGAAAAACAAAAUGCCGUCUACACCACAGUUAUCCCCCACAGAGGAGCAAGAAAAGCUCUUGGAUGAAGCCCUUGCAGUUGUCAAGCAGCAGUCAUUUCAGAUGAAAAGAUGUCUGGACAAGGGCAAGUUGAUGGAUGGACUGAAGCAUGCUUCAAACAUGUUGAGUGAACUCAGGACGUCCAUGCUGUCACCAAAAAACUAUUACGAACUCUACAUGGCAAUAUCUGAUGAACUUCGCCACUUGGAACUAUAUUUAGUGGAUGAAUUUCAGAAGGGGCGUAAAGUGGCGGAUCUGUAUGAACUCGUGCAAUAUGCUGGGAAUAUUAUCCCCAGACUGUAUCUCUUAAUCACAGUUGGUGUCGUGUACAUCAAAGCGAGUGAACUCUCGCGGAAGGAUAUCUUAGCCGAUCUUGUGGAGAUGUGUCGCGGUGUGCAACAUCCUCUUAGGGGACUAUUUCUCCGGAACUACUUACUGCAGUGUACAAAAAAUGUCCUUCCCGAUGUAGAGGCAGAAGGGGCCAGUGAAUCUGAGACUGGAACUGUAAAAGAUUCUGUCGACUUUAUCCAAUUGAACUUUGCUGAGAUGAACAAACUAUGGGUCCGAAUGCAGCAUCAGGGGCAUUCUAGAGAUAAAGAAAAGCGUGAACAAGAGAGACGGGAACUGAGAAUUCUGGUCGGUACAAAUCUUGUGCGAUUGAGUCAGCUUGAAUGCGUUGACUUGGAGACGUACAGGAAGGUCAUACUGCCACCUAUAUUAGAGCAAGUAGUCAGCUGCCGAGACCCUAUAGCUCAGGAAUAUCUAAUGGAAUGUGUUAUUCAGGUGUUCCCUGAUGAAUUCCACUUACAGACCCUCAACACAUUCCUUCGUGCAUGUGCAGAUCUUCAUAAAGAUGUCAAUGUAAAAAACAUCAUCAUUUCCCUCAUAGACAGGCUGGCACAGUUUGCCCACAAAGAUGAAAGUGUAGGCAUACCAUCAGAAAUCCAACUGUUUGACAUAUUUUCCCAACAGAUCUCUACAGUUAUACAGAAUCGUCCAGAUAUGCCACCGGAAGAUAUUGUUUCACUACAAGUGGCUCUUAUCAACCUAGCACUGAAAUGUUACCCAGAUAAGACAGAAUAUGUUGACAAAGUAUUAGAAACAACGGAGGAAAUAUUUAACAGAUUGAACUUAGACCAUUUGGAGCACACCACAGCAGUAUCAAAGGAACUUACAAAACUUAUGAAAAUACCAGUGGACAACUAUAACAAUGUUCUUACGCUUGUUAAACUGGAACAUUAUGGCCCUCUCUUUGAGUACUUUGACUACACAGCCAGGAAGGGCAUUAGCUGUUAUAUUAUCAAUAAUGCCCUUGAUAAUGAUACACAGAUACCAACACAGGAACAGGUUGACGCAAUCCUUGGAUUGGUUGGCCCACUCAUCGUGGACCAGAGCGACCAACCAGAAGAAGAGGAAGAUCCCGAAGAUUUCAUGGAGGAACAAGGCCUGAUGGGAAGGUUCGUCAACCUGUUACUCGCAGAUGAUCCCGAUCAACAAUAUUUAAUACUGAACGCAGCGAGGAAACAUUUUGGAGCAGGCGGAAAUAAGCGAAUAAAAUACACACUGCCAUCUAUAAUAUUUGGAGCUUACAAAUUAGCAUACAAGUAUAAGAGCAUAGCAGAAGAGGAUGAGAAAUGGGAAAAGAAAUGUCAAAAGAUCUUCUCAUUCUGCCAUCAAACAAUAGGAGCCCUCAUCAAGGCGGAGCUAGCAGAGUUGCCAUUAAGGCUUUUCCUCCAGGGUGCCGUAUCUGCGGGCGAGAUCGGCUUCGAAAAUCAUGAAUCUGUGGCGUAUGAGUUCAUAUCUCAAGCAUUUUCCAUAUACGAAGAUGAAAUAUCUGACAGUAAAGCGCAGCUCUCUGCCAUUACGUUAAUAAUAGGAACUGUUGAACAAAUGAAAUGCUUUGGAGAUGAAAACCAUGAGCCUCUGAGAACCCAGUGCGCACUAGCAGCCUCUAAAUUGUUAAAGAAGCCAGAUCAGUGUCGUGGAGUUGUGACGUGUUCACAUUUAUUCUGGUCUGGAAAGUCAAAAGACAACAAUGGAGAAGAGAUGCGGGAUGGCAAACGUGUUAUGGAAUGCUUAAAGAAAGGAUUGCGGAUUGCCAACCAAUGUAUGGAUAGCUCAGUCCAAGUCCAACUGUUCGUAGAAAUACUCAACCAAUAUAUUUACUUCUAUGAGAAGGGCAAUGACCAGGUCACUGUUGCGGUGCUGAAUCAACUUAUUGGAAAGAUCCGGGAAGAUCUACCAAACCUCGAGGCCAACGAAGAAACAGAACAAAUCAACAAACAUUUCCAGAACACUUUAGAACAUUUAAGAGGUCAAAUGGAGUCAGAUGGGGAAUCAAAAUAUGAGGGCCUUACACUUUAAACACAGCGAAAUGGACAAACACAUAGAUGUCUAAUUUAAUGGGUCUAAUGCUAUCAAUACAAGCAAAUUGGACAUAAAAAUACUGUAUUUAGCUGACUGAGUUAUAAUGUAUUUGGCUCUUGCGAUUUUCUAUAUAAUGUUCUUUAUUGCCUCAAAUAUGUGGCUUUGAGUCAUAUUUGGCUAUGUUCUGAGUCAUAAUACUUGACUAUGUAAACGAGUCAUUUGGAAGGACUGAAUAUGUGAGCUUGCAUCUUGCGUUUUGCAGAAAAUGAGAAAACUGUGGGCAGCGAGUGCAAUACAUGUAUAUCCUG